CCAAUUCUCAGUCAUAAUUAAUCGGGGGCCAGGUCAAAUAGUUAGCGUGGGCGAGAACGAACGACUACCGUAAGCCCGGGGUGAGGGAGCUCGAUGCAGUGUCGUCGCCGUUGACAGAGACUUGACGGAGAAGAGGGAAUUGACGCCGGAGGUGAUAGCGGUUACAGAGGCGAUAGAAUACCGGUGGGCUAGCGUGCGGAGGAGGGGAAAUUUUUGCCUUCAAGUUUUAUUCAUUUGAGGAUAAUCGUUGUGUUUGUGGGUGGUUGCGCUGCUGUUCUUUUGGACCAUUUCAAGCUAGGCUAUUUAAUCUUGUCUCUAUGGUUACAAUUUUAUCAGAUGUCCAACUGCUCAAUUGCUAUUCUUUUGAUAUUGAGUCUUUUAGAGGCAUGGACACUCAUAAAAACCAGCAGGAAAGGCAAACUUCAUCAGCUGCGACAGCCUCGCCUAUUACGUCGUGUCGAAGGAAGAAGAAUGAGCAAGCUACUUUCUUGGAAGAUUUGAAGGAUCAUGUUGAUGAGUUUAUAAGUGCUUCUAUGGGUGAACACAAAACUUGCUUUCAGAAAACCAUUCGAAAGAUGUUUGGGUUGUCCAAAUUUGUUACAGAAAGAAACUCUGAUACUGCCAAAGAAGUUGAAAGCUCUCUACCUCUCCGGACAACCAUACGAGAGUAAAAUCUCAAGACUUUUGACCCUUCUGUUUGGACAGUGUGUAUAUAUUAUAAAAUUCAUAGAAAGCAACAUAUUUAUUAAUGAAUGGUAUAGUUUGCUUCUUUGUAUAAUAAAAUUUAUUUGUUUGACUUGA